CGUCGCCGAGGACAACGCGCCGGCCUCGCUCCCCGGCUAAUUCUUGGACGUAGCUAGCAGCGUCUAACUUCCCUUUCGCCUCAAGCCCUCAACACGUAGGGGGCGCUAUCUACAAAGUCGGCAAGCUCAUAGGCCUCCGUCCGACGAGGAAGUUUGCUGCUUCGUUCUCGCUUCACUCAUGGCGGCGGCGGGCCGCUUCUCGUCCGCGCUGCUGCUCCUGCUCAACAUGGCGGCCGCGUUGUUCGCCCCGCGCGGCGGUCUUCACCCCGCCCCAGCCUCCUUGCACGCCGACGGCGCCGAGGACGACGGGGACGUGGACUUCUUCUUCUUCCCGUUCCUGGUCCUCUACAAGAGUGGCCGCGUGCGGCGCUUCAUGGGCACGGACACCGUGCCGGCGUCCACGGACCCGGCCACCGGCGUCGCCUCCAGGGACGUGGUCGUCGACGCCGCCGCCGGCCUCGCCGUGCGCCUCUACCUGCCGCGCCUCGCCACCAACCGCACGGCGGGGACGGAGACGGACGGCGGCCAGCUGCUGCCGCUCGUCGUGUUCUUCCACGGCGGCGCGUUCGUCACGGAGUCGGCCUUCUCGCCGACGUACCACCGGUACCUGAACGCGCUGGCGUCCAGGGCCCGGGUCCUCGCCGUGUCCGUCGAGUACCGCCUCGCCCCCGAGCACCGCCUCCCGGCGGCCUACGACGACGCGUGGGCGGCGCUCCGGUGGGUGCUCGCGAGCGCGCGGCCCGGGGCGCCAGGAGCUGAUCCCUGGCUGUCGCGGUACGCCGACCUCACGCGGUUGUUCCUGGUCGGCGACAGCGCCGGCGGCAACAUCGCGCACAAUGUGGCGAUGCGCGCGGGGCGGGAGGGCGGCCUGGACGGCGGUGCCACCGCCAUCCGGGGCCUCGCGCUGCUGGACCCCUACUUCUGGGGGAGGCGGCCCGUGCCGUCGGAGACGAGGGACGGCGAGACGCGGCGAUGGCGCGAGCGGACAUGGGGCUUCGUGUGCGCGGGGCGCUACGGGAUCGACAACCCGGUGAUCAACCCGGUGGCCAUGCCGCCGGAGGAGUGGCGGCGGCUCGCGAGCGCGCGCGUGCUGGUCACCGUGGCGGGGCUGGACCUGCUGGCCGCGAGGGGCCGCGCGUAUGUCCACGCGCUCCGGGCCAGCGGGUGGCGCGGCGAGGCGGAGCUGUACGAGACGCCCGGCGAGUACCACGUCUACUUCCUCGACAAGCCCGGCAGCGAGAAGGCGGCCAGGGAGAUGGAGGUCGUGGUGGACUUCAUCAAUGGCGGCCAAGGGGGCUCCACAGGUUUAAGGAUGGACGCCUGAAGAACGAAGCUGCUUAUUUUGAAUGCUAAGAACCUAAAGCUAUCCUGUAUAUUCCUGUAAAAUUGGAACGGUUGAAUUUGUGCGUCAAGCUAUGGAAGGUCUAAACCUUUCACAAUCAAAACUUCUAGAGAACGAUAAAGGAAUGCCUAUGGUCGUAACAACUCUCCCAGUAUAAUUCCAUAAUAGUAAAAGGAAAAAAAGUCCAAAUUCCU